CUCGGCACUGCGCGGGAAGUGUGGAUCCCGCAGCUGCGGCGCGAUCAUGAUCCUAGAGCGUGAGCUUCGGCAGCUGAACAAGGCCAAGGCCAGAGCGAAAAGGAGCGGGCAGCCGAGGGAGGAGGCGGCCUUCUGCCACCAGCUUGGGGAACUGCUGGCCGGCCAUGGCCGUUACGCGGAGGCCCUGGAGGAACACCGGGAGGAGUUACGGCUGCUGGAGGGCACACAGGACCCCUUGGGCUGCGCGGUGGCCCACCGCAAGAUCGGAGAGAGACUGGCCGAGAUGGAGGACUACUCGGCAGCCCUGCGACACCAGCACUGCCAUCUGGAGCUGGCUGGGUCCCUGUCCAACCACACUGAGAUGCAGAGGGCCUGGGCCACCAUUGGCCGCACCCACCUGGAUAUCUACGACCACUGCCAGUCAAGGGAGGCCUUGGUGCAGGCCCAGGCUGCUUUUGAGAAGAGCUUGGCUAUCGUGGAUGAGAAGCUGGAGGGGACACUGACCCAGCGAGAGCUGAGCGAGAUGAGGACCCGACUCUACCUCAACCUGGGUCUUACCUUUGAGAGCCUACAACAGACGGCCCUGUGCAAUGCCUAUUUUAAGAAGAGCAUCUUUCUUUCUGAGCAUAACCACCUCUAUGAGGACCUGUAUCGUGCCCGCUACAAUUUGGGCACCAUCCACUGGCGUGCAGGGCAGCACUCUCAGGCCAUGCGCUGCCUGGAGGGGGCCCGGGAGUGCGCUCGUGCCAUGAAGAAGCGGUUCAUGGAGAGCGAGUGCUGUGUGGUGGUCUCGCAGGUCCUCCAAGACCUCGGAGAUUUUUUGGCUGCCAAACGAGCUCUGAAGAAGGCCUAUAAGCUGGGUUCCCAGAAGCCUGCACAGAGGGCAGCAGUCUGCCAGAGCCUCAAGUAUGUGCUGGCAGUGGUCCAGUUGCAGCAACGGCUGGAGGAAGCUGAAGGCAGUGACCUUCAGGGUGCCAUGGCCUUCUGUGAGCAGCUGGGAGACCUGUUCUCGAAAGCAGGCGACUUCCCCAAGGCAGCUGAGGCGUAUCAGAGACAGCUGCACUUUGCUGAGCGGCUGAACAGACCAGACUCUGAGCUGGCCAUCAUCCAUGUGUCCCUGGCCACCACACUGGGAGACAUGAAGGACUAUCGCCAGGCUGUGCACCACUACGAAGAGGAACUGAGGCUGUGCAAAGGCAAUUCCCUGGAGGAAGCUAAGACCUGGCUCAAUAUUGCACUAUCCCGAGACGAGGCUGGUGAUGCAUAUGAGUUGUUGGCACCGUGCUUCCAGACAGCUCUCAACUGUGCCCAGCAGGCACAGCGGCCCCAGCUGCAGAUGCCCUGUGCCCCCAGCCCUGAGCAGGACAUCCCCUCUGCUCCUCAGAGGCAGGUCUUACAGCACCUCCACACUGUGCAGCUGAGGCUGCAGCCCCAAGAUGCCCCUGGCACUGAAACCAAACUUGAGGAGCUAAGUGUGGGCAAAGAGGAGGAAGAGGAAGAAGAGGAAGAGGUGGAGGAAGAGGCCAUUGAGGCCCUGGAGACCAUCGAGCCGGAACUCUCAGAGAGCGAGGAUGAUGGUGAUGACCCAUCCCGGGAGCCAGAGGAGGAUGAGGAGCGUCAAGGCUGCCUGGGCCGGCGGAAGGUGAACAAGUGGAACCGGCGCAAUGACAUGGGUGAGACCCUGCUGCACCGAGCUUGCAUCGAAGGCCGUCUGCGUCGUGUCCAGGACCUUGUAAAGCAGGGCCACCCUCUGAACCCUCGGGACUACUGUGGCUGGACACCUUUACAUGAAGCCUGCAACUAUGGCCAUCUGGAGAUUGUCCGCUUUCUCCUGGACCAUGGGGCCUCAGUGGAUGAUCCUGGAGGCCAGGGGUGUGAGGGCAUCACCCCUCUGCACGAUGCUCUCAACUGUGGCCACUUUGAGGUAGCUGAGCUGCUCAUUGAUCAAGGAGCCUCUGUCACCCUCCAAACCAAGAAGGGCCACAGCCCACUGGAGACACUGCAGCAGUGGGUGAAGCUGUACUACAAGGAUCUGGACCUUGAGACACAACAGAAGGCAGCAGCCAUGGAGAGGAGGCUCAAAGCAGCCUCCUCAGGCCCAGCCCCCCAUAGCACUCCGGCCCCUCGGACUGUCCUAAGUAACCAUCUGUUUGACCCUGAGACGUCUCCUCCCUUGAACCCCUGCCCUGAGCCCCUAGCCUCUGCAGCCCAUGCUAGGAUCUCACCAAAACGGACUGCAUCAGCUGUGGCCAGGCCUCGAAGGAGCAGGCACAGGCUGGCUAGCAGCAGCAGCAGCUCAGAAGGUGAGGACAGUGUGAGUCCCCAUGGACCGUCCCAGAAGAGGCUGAAGUGCUCUGCCUUGGCACAGCAGGAUGAGGCCUGGACAUCUGGUCCUGCCAGCACUAGGGAGGCAAGCACCAGCCGAGCAGCCUACCAGGCAGCCAUCAGAGGUGUGGGCAGUGCUCAGAGCCGCUGCCGGGGACCGGGCCUACUUUGGGGCACAAGUGAAGGCCCUGUGCCCCAGGCAGCCCUCAUUCCUGAGGAGGAAUACCUGGCUGGAAACUGGUUAGAAAUGGAUGAACCCCUGAUGCACAGCCGCCCGUCUCACAUAGCCUGCCCUCAGGGCAGUGGGGACAGUGGCAGCAGUCCCUCAGAGUCAGACAAGGAGCAUCCCAUCAGACCCAGGGCCCAGGCCAAACAGACCCGCCUGACCUGUCUCAAGAGUUGGAGUACACUGGACAAAGUGGGAGGCAUGGCUGCAGAGCCCCCUGGGGACCCCAUCAUGCCCAAGACCUCGGGUGCCAGCAGAGAGAGUCCUGACGGAGGCCAGUCCACGAGUCUGGUUCAGGCCCCUCCUAUCCGGGUUCGUGUUCGAGUUCAGGAUCACCUUUUCCUCAUCCCUGUCCCACACAGCAGUGAAGCCCAUUCCGUGGCCUGGUUGGCAGAACAGGCUGCCCAGCGUUACUACCAGACCUGUGGGCUGCUGCCGAGGCUCACUCUACAGAAGGAGGGGGCCCUGCUAGCCCCCCAGGACCCCAUUCUUGAUGUGCUGCAAAGCAAUGAUGAGGUGUUGGCUGAAGUAACUUCGUGGGACCUCCCCCCGGUGACUGACCGCUACCGCAGGGCCUGCCAGAGCCUGGGGCAAGGGGAGCACCUGCAAGUGCUGCAAGCCAUGGAGCACCAGGGAUCAGGCCCCUCCUUCAGCACCUGCUCCCUAGCCCUGCACCAGGCCCACCUCACACCUCUGCUGCGGGCCCUCAAGAUGCACACUGGGCUCCGUGAGCUGCGCCUGGCGGGGAACCGGCUAGGAGAUGGAUGUGCCACUGAGCUGCUGGCUGCCCUGGGCACUAUGCCCUGUCUCGUCCUCCUCGACCUCUCCUCCAACCACCUGGGCCAGGAAGGUCUGCGCCAGCUUGCUGGGGGCCCUACAGGCCAGGCCACUUUGCAGAACUUGGAGGAGCUGGACUUAAGCAUGAACCCUCUGGGUGAUAGCUGUGGUCAGGCCCUGGCCUCUAUCCUCCGGGCCUGCCCCUUCCUCAGUACCCUGCGCCUGCAGGCCUGUGGUUUCGGCCCCAACUUCUUCCUGAGCCACCAGGCAACCCUGGGUCCUGCCUUCCAAGAUGCUGAGUGCCUAAAGACCCUGUCCCUGUCCUACAACCCACUUGGCACCUCUGCCCUGGCCAGGACCCUGCAGAGCCUGCCCACCGGUACCCUCCUGCGCCUAGAGCUGAGCUCAGUGGCAGCUGGCAAGAGUGACUUGGGCCUCAUAGAGCCUUUAGUCAGAUACCUAACCAAGGAAGGCUGUGUUCUCACCCACCUGACCCUGUCUUCAAACUACCUGAGUGACAAGACUGUGGGAGAACUGAGCAGGUGUCUCCCUCUCUGUCCUUCACUCAUCUCUCUGGACUUGUCUGCCAACCCCAAGAUCAGCCGUACCAGCCUGGAGGAACUCCUGUCUGCCCUCCAGGAGAGGUCCCAAGGCCUCAGCUUCCUUGGCCUGUCAGGCUGUGCAAUCCAGGGCCCCCUGGGUCCAGGCCUGUGGGACAAGAUCACCACACAACUGCAGGAGCUCCGGCUGUGCAGCAGACACCUGUGCCCUGAGGACCGUGACGCCCUGCGCCAGCUACUGCGGGGCCAGGGGGCAUGCUUACUGGACCGGGGCCCCAAGCUCUUCUUCCAACGCCUCUAACCCCUACCCUGUCCUCCCCACCUCCGAAGCCUCAAUAAACAAAGCUGCUGCUUUC